AAGUUUUGCUACACGCACACAGAUGUCAGCGGAGUUUCUCAAUCUGUCAGUUUGUUAGGUGGGGUACACUUGAUGGAGGAAGGAGACAUUGGAUACAGCCACCAUGAUUUUCUGACAACUCUCGUGAAGCGACUUCCGAUGAACACUUCUCCCGCCAGCCGUACUGUUUAGUAUUUUAGCCGUUAUACCUGUUAGCUGCUCUCUGCGUUAUUUGACAACUCAAGAACAACACCCGCUACUUCAGAAGAAGUUGCCAUGCUAACCUCAGUUAGCUGCUGCUACUUGACGUAGCUAUGAUUUCUGUGCUACACUUGAAACGGUCAGCGAAAAAGCGGUAAUUUCAUUGUAACGGAUACUUUUCUUUUUUUUUUAAGCUAUAAAGUUAAGAGGCGUUUUAGCCAGCUUCCUGUGCUUGAAAACGAAGCUAUCAAUCUGUCAUAAAAAUGGGACUACACCCGCUGGAGUUUAGUGAGUGCUAUCUGGACAGCCCCAGCUUCAGGGACAAAAUAAAGGCACACGAAGCAGAGCUGGACAAAACUAACAGGUUUAUCAAAGAGCUGUACAAGGAUGGGAAGAACCUCAUCAAUGCAACUAAGCAACUUGGGAUGGCACAGCGAAAGUUUGCCCAGUGCCUGGGAGAGUUUCAGUUUGAGUACAUUGGAGAUGCAAAGACGGAUGAUGAGAAGUGUAUUGAUGAGUCUUUGCAAGAGUUCUCCUCAUUCCUCAAAAACCUAGAAGACCAAAGAGAACUGAUGAUGAGAAACAUCACAGAAACUUUAAUGAAACCCCUGGAGAAGUUCAGGAAAGAGCAUCUCGGUACAGUAAGGGCGGAAAGAAAGAGGUAUGAGAAAGAGACAGAGAAAUACUACAGCUCUCUGGAAAAGCUUCUGAAUAUGUCAGCAAGGAAGAAAGAACCCCAACUACAAGAGGCAGACAUCCAGGUGGAAACCAUGAGGCAGCACUUUCAGGAGGAGUCACUGGACUAUGUGUGCAAACUGCAGGAGAUCCAAGAGAGAAAGAAGUUUGAGUGUGUGGAGCCGAUGCUGGCCUUCUUCCAGACAGUCUUCACUUUCUAUCAUCAAGGCUUCGAGCUUGCCAAGGACUUUGAUCAUUAUAAAAGAGCACUGCAGAUCAAUAUUCAGAAUACAAGGAAUCGAUUUGAGGGCGCACGGUCAGAGGUGUACGAGCUGAUGAAGAGGAUCAGGGAGGCACCCCAAGAAUAUAGACAGACCAGCCCUAUCAGUUGUGAGGGCUACCUCUACGUACAGGAAAAACGGCCACCUCCCUUUGGUUCAAGUUGGGUCAAACGCUACUGCACAUUUGUCAAAGAGCAGAAGAUCCUGCACAUGGUGACCUUUGACCACAGAUCUGGUGGGAAGAUUGGUGAGACAGAGUCUGUCACGUUGAAAUCCUGUCUCCGCAAAACAACUGACAUGUUGGAUAGGAGGUUCUGCUUAGAUCUUGACAUAACUGAUCGGCCGGGGACGGUGCUAACAGUACAGGCCCUGUCAGAGGAUGACCAUAAGUUCUGGAUGCAGGCCAUGGGUGGGAAGGAACCUAUUGGACACUACCUUGGGAGAACUCUUUCUAAAGAAAGAGGAAUUGAUGCCCAGCUGGAUGAUGUGGGUUUAAGUUUUGUGAAGAACUCCAUCAGCGCCAUUGAGACCAGAGGUAUUAAUGAUCAAGGCCUGUACAGAGUUGUUGGGGUGAGCUCCAAGGUCCAGAAGCUUCUCUCGUUAAUGAUUGAUGAGAAGAGCAAUGAAGUGGAUCUGUCUGCCAGUGAGGACUGGGAUGUAAAGACAAUAACAAGUGCACUGAAGCUUUAUCUAAGGAGCCUCCCUGAGCCACUGAUGACCUAUGGACUUUACAAGGAGUUCAUCAGCCCUGCGAAGGGUGGUAGUCCAGAGUCUCGUAUCCAAGCCGUCCACUGCCUGGUCCACAAACUACCGGAGAGGAAUCGACAAGUCCUCGGGCUGCUUAUGAAGCAUCUGGCCAAUGUGGCGGCCCACAGCAAACAGAAUCUGAUGACUGUGGCCAACCUGGGCGUGGUGUUUGGCCCCACAUUAAUGAGGCCACAGGAGGAGACUGUUGCUGCCAUCAUGGAUCUCAAGUUCCAGAACAUUGUGGUGGAAAUCCUCAUUGAACACCAUGAAAAGAUCUUUGCAGAUGCUCCCGAGUCAUGCCCUCUUUCACCUGCUGCCCCAGUAUUCUCCGCUCCCACAAGGCAGUCCAAGAAGCUGAGUCGACAGAAUCGGCCCCUGGCUGUCUACAAUCCACAAGCCCUAGACAUUCAGAAUGCAGUUGCAGAUAGCUCCAGUCUAGCUACAGAUGAGACAUCAAUGGGCAGCAAUGAGUCUGUAUCGUCCCAGUCUUCAUCAGCGUCGACCUCAGAGACGCCUGCAGAGAAGAGUGACCAUGCCCCGCUGAACAUCAGCCUCAGCUCAGGCAGCAACUCUGGAGCUGCAGCAGCUUCGUGGUCCACUCCUGGAGCAUCAGCAGAGAGUGGAGAGAGCCAGCCUGCUGCCACCACAACUGCCUCAGAUAAAGAAAAAUCAGAGGAGAGUGUCACCAGCAGGAAAGCCAAGGCAGUGUACCCAUGUGAGGCUGAGCACGACUCUGAGCUCUCCUUCCAGGUCGGCGCAAUAUUCAACGCCGUGACCCAGUCGAGAGAGCCGGGCUGGCUAGAGGGGGAGCUGGAGGGAAAGAGGGGCCUCAUCCCUGAAAACUAUGUGGAGAUGCUGUAGCCCCACACGGAAAUAUUUAUGGACAAGUUUUCACCUUCACUGGGAAAAGAAUGUGGAGAUGCAUGUGCCUCAACUCCAAAAUUCACAGAAAAGCCUUGUUUAUCCCCCAGAAAAAACCUCUCAAGCAAGUGAUGUAUGUUAUUAGUGGUGGACUAUUCUUGAUACAUAAGUCUAUGCAUUUUGCCUGGCUAGUAGACUUUGUGAUGCAUGUGCAAGCAUGUUUCUUUGUUUGGAUUUACUUCAGCUGAGUAUUCCCAGUGAAUUUCAGCAUUGUAAUUCCAAAAUGGGUUUGCACUUAACAAUGUUCUGCUGUAUACAAAGAUGCUGUAGCCUCUAAACAUUCAAGUGACUUUGUAGCAGCACCAGAGAAAGGAGUGCCUCUCUGAUGAAGGCCUCGCUCUCUCCUCUGCCCCGUUAUACAUGGUAUCCAUGAGCUCCUCAAGUCAAACAACGAUUCUCAGAAACCAUAAGGUAGAAUGUCAGCACUCACAUCACUGCAGCUUUUCACCCUCUUGACAAUGAUGCACGCAAAUUAGUUUUUAGUCAUUAAAAGAUAAGCCAUACCUACGUGCCUUAAUCACCAGAACACCCAAGUAUAAAUGUAUGUACGGGUAUGUAUGAAACUGAAUUGGAGGGUUACUGCUUUCACAAUGUUUCAUUUCUGGCAUUUUUAAAAUUAUUUAGAUACUAUUAAUGGGGCACAUUGCUGCUGUAAUUUUAUUCUAUUUAAUUGGCACAAUGAUUGCAUGACUUUUGAAUUUCAAAUACACUCUGUACUGUUUUGUUUUUGGUACACUUCUUUACAGAAACACAGUGAAACACCUCUUUGAUGCCGGAUGAACCCUCAUGUGUUAAACACUAGCAUCAGACAGAUUCAACAGAGGUAAAUGUCAGUAGAUAGCAAUGAUUGAAACCAAGUGUUUUUCCUGUCAAAUUAUCUGUUAAUGUUCGUUUUAAAGUUUAUUUUUAACGUUGCUCAGCUUCCUCUGAGCAGAGAAAUGAGACACUCCCACACAGUUGAAAUUUUAGUUUGAAUUUUUAUCCUUAUUUUAUCUUCAACUUCGGUGGAGGAAGUGAUUAGACGUUCCGUUCACUGUAUAUAGCCUGAAAGAGUUAUGACUGCCAAGUAUAUUACACAAAUCUCCGUUAUGUGAUGGACAGGUUUUGACUUUUUAUCAAACUUGUUUAAGCAUGUACACACCAAACAUUACACGUCAUCCCUCAGCUGUUCAACAGUACACUUUAAUUUUUCUGAGAGCUUUGGUUCAGCAGAUUGUUUGUGUUUUGAGUUGCGGUUGCAAUAAUUUAAAGACAAUGAUUCAUGACAUUUGUAAAGGGCCUUGACUUCUUUCAUUUUUAUACCUUUGGGUAUCUUCUUGAUCAAUGUUAAACAAAUAAAGAUUUCUUUUUGUUCUUUACA